GGCUCAGGCCUGGGGCGGCCCCGCGCUCCUCGAUCCUGGCGGCUCUGCCGCGGCCGCGCGCGGCGGCGCCGCAGGCCGCGGGGGGGCGAUGGCGAAGCCCCGCGACGAUGGGGCGCUGGGGGAGCCCAUCAAGUGGGGCGACGGGGAGAGAAGGGGGACAACUUCAUCGCAGCCGAGGACAUGCCCAUCGCGCCCCAGGUGACUUCGCGCAGGGUCCACAAGGUUGACAAGAAGCAGGUCCAGGAGGAUAAAAAGGAGUACGUGUCUCUAGAAUGGGACGACGUAUUUCCGAAGAAGCCGAUGGACCGUUUGCGUUGGCUCUUCAAGGCUUUCGAGGCCGCGAAGAACGGCAAGCUCAAAGAAAAGGGCAAGAUAUUCGACAUCAUCGUCCACAGAAAGUUCUUGGAUGGGCUGAAGGGUCAGAUUGCGACAGACACGCUGAACCUCAUCAGAGGGAACCUCACGAUCUUCUCAGCGAAGCAGCAAAAGCAGUUGACCUCGGACCUUGACAACUUCGAGCUCUUCCGAAAGUACGCGCCCAUCAACGUGCUGGACGGACUCGGACGACGACGAGGCCGAUGCACCACCUCUGCCUCCCCCACCUGAGGUGGUGGUGGAAGAGAAGAAGAAAAGAAACCGGCAAAAGAGGAAGAAAGAGGAGGAGGACGAGGAGAGGGCGACAGCGAGGACGACCUAGACACGAAGAAGAGGCGGAAGCUUGCAAAGGGCGUGGAGCGCCGCGUAGACCCCGCGGACGGGCAGGCCUACAACCUGGAGGAGCUUCAUCGAGGCGUACGGGGGCACUGCCAUGAAGCCCCCCGACGAGUGGGAGAAUGCCAGGCACAGCGCCUUCAUCUUCAAGUCUUAGGGCGCGUCCGGAAGUAGGCUCCGACCUGGCCGCGGCGAGGGUGCGCCCGCGCCCUGGGGCCCAGACCUGGCCGCGGCGCGGGUGCGCGCGCGCGGUGCAGCAGCGAGUGCGAACACGGCGAGCGUCGCCCUGGCCAGAGGGAGGACG